AUGGAGAACUUCAUCCUGUAUGAGGAGCUGGGAGCAGGCAGCAGUUCAGUUGUCUAUAAAGGAAGAAGGAAGGGCAAUCUCAAUUAUGUAGCCAUCAUCUGCGCUGACAAAGCCAAAAGGCCUGAGAUCACUAACCAUGUCCGUCUCUGCCAUGAUCUGGAUCAUCCAAACAUUGUAUCCUUCUGUGAGUGGUAUGAGACCAGUAACCACCUCUGGUUGGUAGUGGAGCUCUGUACAGGUGGUUCUCUGGAGUCUGUGAUUGGUCAGGAUGGAUGUCUGUCAGAAGAUGUGGUGAGGAGGUUUGGAUGGGAUUUAGUCAAAGGACUGAAACAUAUCCAUGAAUUAGGAAUCAUUUUCUCGGACUUGACCCCUGCUAAGAUCCUACUGGAUGGUAGUGGCAUUUUGAAGUUUGGUAACUUCGGUCGGUCCAAAGUAGAGGGAGAGACACUGGAGGAUUUCUUUACCUUGCUCACUACAUCUAAAGAGGCAGGGGAAGGAGACAACAAGGAACAUUUUGACCACAUGAGGAAAAGAUUACAAGGCUCACCAACUUACAGUGCUCCAGAGGUUUUGCAGGGAUCAGAAACCAAUAUGAGUUCUGAUCUCUGGGCUCUGGGUUGUAUACUCUACUACAUGUACACUGGUAAACCUCCAUUCUACUCUGAUAGCUACACUGAACUCAGUGAGAUGAUUUUACAUCAGGAACCACCACUGCCCACACAGACCGUGUUUCAAACCUGUCCUCCCAGUGAGGAUUUCCAAAAUCUUCUGAAAGGCUUACUCAACAAAAAACCCAAUAACAGGAUGGACUGGCCAGAGUUACUGGACCACCCUUUCUGGACACAAGCUCUAAAGGAGGACAAGAACUUGGAGGAAGAAGAUGAAAAUGAUGAUGAAGAAGUGAGAACAGAGGAAACAAAUGGCAGAGAGGAAGUUGUUUCAGUUAGCUCAAGACAAACAGGGAUCAUGAACCCUCUUCCUUCAGAAAGACAAGGUGACAAACUCCCCCACAACAAAUUGGCCAACACCCAGCCAGCCCAUAAGGUUUCGAAGAAAUGUACUUCAUCACAGACAACAUCUGACCGACCAGACAGCAGAAUCAAUAACCAACAAGUAGACAGACUCACAUCCCAUGGAGCAUUUAGGAACAGCCAAGGCUCAGAUAGGGAGCUGGGAAAGGAGAGAAGAGGAGAGGGAGAGGCAAAUACAGAAGAUGACCUCAAGCUAACUGGGGCACAGCAGGCGUGCCACAUGCUGCAGCCCAAUAAGUCACUCAAACUAGAUAAUGUAUCAGAGCUCAGGCCAAAGAGUGGCGUGGAUGAGGACAACACUGAAGCAAUUUUUCUGCUCAGCUCCUGUGCCACUUCAAGAAGGAGCUGCAGUGCUUCAGAGUUUUCAAAUCACACCCCUGCUCCUCAGGCCAGUAUUGGUACUGACAUCACAUCCUGUGUGAAAGCUCUGCUCCACACUGACUUUGACCUGACUGUCUCUCCAGUCAUGGACAACCCCAAGAUUCUUAAGAGUCCUCCUGUGAGAUUUGAUCCUAAAACCCUUUGUGUACCAGCAUAUUCAGCUGAGAAACUGCAGUCCUUGAGUGAUGAAGAGUGGAGAGUCUUCCUUCAGCAGCUCUGUUCAUCUCUUGAAGAACAGAACACAUCUGCUCCUCUUCCUUCAUCCUCCAUUGCUCCCUCCACAGCUACUCGCUCCAGACUCAACCUGCUGUGCUACCUCUGCUGUGUUGUUGGACGUAAAGACAUUGCUAACAGGCUAAUUAACUCAGCACUGCUUUCAGUGUUGACCCUGCAGUUACGGCAAGCUCCUAACUGGGAUGUGCGAAGCAAGGCUGUCCGAGUGAUGGGUCUACUGGCUCUGCACUGUACUGAACUCGGAGAGGACAGCUCUGUCUCUGAGGCAGUGUCCACACUAACAGACCUGUUGAGAGAUAACCUGAGGAACAGCAAAGUAAAGCAGUUCCUGCUGCCACCACUUGGGGAGUUCCUCUACCUUAUUGCUUCUCAGGAGGAGAAGAGAGGCUCCCCAGAGGGACUGUGGUUCGUUCCCGCUGCCGCCUACACUGGCUUAAUGAGGAGCCUGCGGGAAGGGGAUGAUUCCACAGUUCAUCAUAUGGCCGCAAAAGCCAUAGAGAACAUCUCCACCACUGUUUCUGGCCCCUCCCACCCCCUAGUUACGACAGAGAUAGGCUCUGCCCUGUGGUAUCUGUUUACUCACUCCACUGUGGAGGCUGUCAGAGUCGCUGCCAUCUCUUCUCUUUCUAGGCUAACUCAGGUGGUCCCAGGAGUCUUCUUGGCAGUGAUUGACACAUGUGGCCCUGCAGCCAUCUUAGAGGGUGUGGGUGUAUCAGGGGCCAGGGUCCAGCAGCACCUGCUCACGGCUAUGGCCACUGCCUUAGUCAGCUCACGCAUACAAACACACCGCAUCACACAGAACAGGGACUUGGUGUUGAAGGUGCUGCGCUGUCUAGAGAGUCCAUCCACAGUAACCAGAGCCAAAGCAUUACUGCUACUAUUGCUACUCAUACAGGACAACACACACACUCUGCUAUUCUGCUGUCAACACAGACUUGUGAUGUACGUGGAGAGAGACCUGCGCAAAGCCACUCCCCUCAGAGAGAACCCCAACCAAUCAGGAUAUCUGUCUCAAUGUGUGGACUUGUUGAUUGUGUACCUGAGUAGCACUGCACCACUUAUACUGGAGGAUGUCUUACGUGCAUUGAGAGGUGUGAUUGGGAGGAGACACCCGUCUACAGCUCAGAGCAGACAGCUGAAACACACUUUGCCUACUAUGUCUGUAGUGCUGGCACUUCUAUCAUCACAGGUCUUUAGAUCUCAGAUUGUAACAGAAGAGUUUCUCUCUCAAAAUGGAUUGCUGCUGAAUUACAUCACCUCUAUAGAGUCCAAUGAAACAAAUCUGGCCAGCGCUGUGGGUGCAACAGUAUGUGAGGAGUUGAUUAGGACAACUCUGUCCAUUGUGGAAGUCCUGAGUCAGCACCAUGCUCUCAUCACUCCACAUCGUCAUGCUGUUGUGGAUGCCAUCCUGUCUCCUCUGACAACACUGGCUUUCAGCAGAAAUGUGGAGUGGUCUGUGUUUGUCUUAAGAGUACUGUCAGAACUCAGUCUCGUCCUGCUGGUCCAGGAGGGUGAUGGUGCUGAGGAGGAUGCAGAGAACAAAGAGACAGAGAAGAAAAGAGAGGAAGGAAGUUCUUGCAGUCAAAUUUUAGCCCUUAUCACCAACUCCCUGCUUCCAAGGUAUGAGUCUCUUCUCCGAGCAGCAGAGCCUAUCCCACUCUACGCACUCAAACUGCUGGUAUCGAUGACUGAAUACAGCACACAGAUCUGCAGGUUGAUCAAACACAGUAGGAUCCUACCAACAGUUUUUCAGCUCAUUAUGGCUAACCGUGGUAAUAUUACCAGCGGGAUGGUGCAGAAUCCAGUCGCCUUGCUGUGUAAUCUUAGUGGAGACACAGUCUUGGACCUGGAGCCACAAUACCAACAAGGCCUUAUAGAGGUGGUUGUGAGCACCCUCUCAGAAGCUGCAGUGGUCUACCUGGAUGCAGAAGCUGCUGGGAGAAAGGUCAGCCAUCAUGUUUUGCAAGCCCUUCUGGAACUGCUCCACAACAUCCUAAAACAAAUGUCUACCGUUGUCCGUUCUGCACUGCAGAGCCAGAGGCUAUCUUGUCCGGCAGUAGAGACGGAGGCAGCAGAGAAGCUGCUCCUAGCCAACAGACCCCUGAGCCAACUCAGCACACACCUCAUUCACAUGCUUUCUAUUGAAAACCAGGAGGUGUGGGAGGAGCCUAUUCAGUGUCUGUCUCUACUGGUUCAGCUGUAUGGUGGAGAAGGUCAUGACUGCCUGGCACCUUCCUGCUUGCGUAGCUUCUCACAUGUGCUGUGCACACACAUGCACACUGAGAACCCUCGAAUGCAACGCACAACACUUAGGAUCAUUAAACGGCUGGUGCUGACGACAGACAGAUUUGAUUGGUUAGAAUGUCCUGAAGGGGCGGAGCUAGAGAGUCUACUGCAGGAUAUAACGUCAUCCAACAGGUGUCAUGUCGAUGUAGUUCCACUGGCUGCUGAAAUCCUCCAAGAAAUCUCUGGAUCCUAAAAGCAUCUCAUCUUCAAACUGCAAACAAUGCACAGUUUUUCACCUUUUAUGAAUUUUAAUAUUUCUAGCUUUUC